GAGGGAAGUAACCUUUAAUAAACCCAUGUGCAUCCUGUUUUGAUUUUUUCCCCUUUUAGGCUUUUUUUGUUUUUUUUUAAAGAACAACAGAUGGACUUUGAGUAAAAACUUGUCCUUAUGCUGAAAAUAACAGAGAAGGCUCAGUAGUUCUUGUGUGCUGUGUGUUUGAUUCUUUUUUCAACUCUAAGAAAAUCUUUUAUUUGUUUCAGUCAUUGAGUGUUUGCCACUUCCUGAAGCGCUCUCGGUGGGUUGUACGUGCACACCUUGAGAUUAGGUUGUUACAAACGCUUUGCUUGUUGAGGCUGAAACGUCACUGCCCAACACAGCGUCUGACACAUAAUAGUGACUCACAUUAUCUGUUGGAACUAAUGAGGUGUAACUUAGUGAAGGGGACCAGUAUACUGGCUAUCUGGUUUGAUCGUGUAUUCUAAUUCUGCUCAGUGUGGAAAUUGGCAUUUACUGUUUAAUGACAGGUUUCUGAAGCAGCUUUGCAGAAAUUUCUUAUGUCGUGCACCAUAUCAAGCUAUGGAGUGAUGUAUCAAGUACUGUCCUGAACAGCGUGGUACUGUUGAUGAAGUAAUAGCUUGCACGAGCCUGUUGUCAGCGUGCCCCGACCAAGGACAUAAAGAGAUCAUGAAUCAGGCGGAUAAAAAUCAAGAAAUCCCGUCAUAUCUUAGUGAUGAACCACCAGAAGGUUCAAUGAAAGAUCAUCCACAGCAACAACCAGGCAUGUUAUCCCGUGUGACUGGGGGUAUCUUCAGUGUUACAAAGGGAGCUGUUGGUGCCACCAUUGGUGGUGUAGCUUGGAUUGGUGGAAAGAGUCUGGAGGUGACCAAAACAGCUGUUACAACUGUGCCUUCCAUGGGAUUAGGGCUGGUGAAAGGGGGUGUGUCUGCUGUGGCUGGAGGUGUUACAGCUGUCGGGUCUGCUGUUGUGAACAAAGUGCCCUUAACAGGAAAGAAGAAAGACAAGUCUGACUAACAUAUGGAGAUACACCCAUUCUCCACAGCAUUAUGAUGCCAGUGGCAUUGAAUUGCUAAGUUAUGGACUAUAAACCAAGUCAUCUGUUUUGGACCUUUAUCUUCUAACCUGCUGUGUUGAAAGUAUUGAUGACUGGCUUUUGUCUAAAAAGAAGAGACCAAUACUAGCACAGUGUAUGAAGGUUUCUCAUACUUAAAUUCCAGCUUUUUAUCUGGUUAAAUGUUACACUUACUUAGCUGUAACUGAAGAUAUGGUAUAUUUGAAUAUUUACUAUAAGUCUUUCAGUUUAAAAAUGUGAAAGUUGAAUUUAGUGGAUGAUCCUUACAGUUCCUUAUGUAUAAUGUGCCAGGUAACUCAUCUGCCCCUUCAGAAGGGAACCUUGAACUACAUCAACUGUACCUUUGAUGUGCCUAAUAGUUUCAGAUGUCUUAGAUUUUUUUAUAACCAUAGUUAAUUAGGCCAAGAGGCAUUCUUUUCCUAUUUAAGCUGGUAAAAGUAGCAGGAAUUAGGGAAGUUUAAAAGAAAAGAUAAAUGGUUAUGAUACUGAUUGUUAACCAUCUUUUGUUAGAUAUGCAUUAUAUUAAUUUAAUCAUUGAUGCCUUACAAAAGAAAACAUCUUUUCAAAUACCCUAAAUAUGUGCAGUUCUUCAACUUAGAGAUGGAUGCUUUAAAAACUUUAGUUUUUCCUUUUAAGAAUCUCAGGUGAAGUGUGGUAAAAGCAAUCCUUGCUCUCAGCAGAUAAGAUAGUGCUUGUUAACGGUCAGUGGUUAUUAUGAAAUCAUAUACUUCAACCUGGGUUCAUGCUCCAUUGUUAAUACACCUCUCAGUGCCUAAAGAACAUUUCUUUGCUAGUCAGAAGCUAUGUUGGAUGAUUUUUCAGAUUAAGGAGGAGCAAAUAAAGUUCUUAAGAAUUAUCUAAAGCAUCCAAGAUAUUGAAAGAAUCCUUCAUAGAUGUUUUAUCUCUAGGAUGGCUUAAAUUAUUAGCAAUUCCCUUUUUUAAACACACAGUAAAACCACCACAAAUGUGAGGUCUGACUUAAAUUGAGUGAAACGGCCCCGUAGAUCAAUUUUGAAUGUUACAGAUACAUAAGUACUCUCAAUGGUUUAUAUAGACAUUUAAACUGUUACUUUAUAAGUCCUAGACCUUGUACCCUUUCCCAGGUCAACUUUGGACAGGGAAUUGGGAUUUGAAGUUUUUGAUUAUGGAUGAUAAAUGUGUCAUGUCUUAACAUGUCUCAUUCAUUCUCAAAAAAUGAGGCUUAGCUGGAAUUCAUUUUUUUGUUUCAUGUUUCAUUUCAUAAAAGUUUAACAUGUAGCACAUAUGUCUGGCAUUCCUCUCAAUUAAGAGUUACAAUCCAAGCCUGAAGAAUUUUAGUUUUCUUUAUACUUAAGUCUGGAAAUUUGCCUCCAUUCUGCAGAUAAUUUUUUGGCUAGGAAGAGGGAAGGGGAAGGGGUGAGCAAAUAAAUCAAAUAACAUCCCUGAGAACUUAGAACAGACAACUCCAACACCAAGGCUGAAAUGGUGUGUUUGUGAAACACUAAAAGUUUUACAUUAAUAAUGUGGAUCAACAAAUGGAUAAGAUUAUAGCUUAACUUUUAAAAGCUUUCAUAAAUGUCAGCAGGGAUUUUAAAUCUACAGAGGUUCUUGAAUCUUUCUACUGUAUACCAUACUGUAAAGUUAGGACAUUCAAUUCAUCAGAUAUUAAAUGGUUAUUUCAUGCAGUAUGAUUUAAAGUGUAUUUGUUGAAAUAUAUGCUCAAAUGCCAUUAGCAGAAGGGAUUUAAAAAAAAACUCCAGAAUUAAUGGAUGAACACUAAGUGACAUCUAAAUAAUUGUAUUGGAGAACUUGUUUCCUGCUAUCUGAAAGAAAAUGUUGUUUCAUUGCUAGUUUAUAUUUCUAAUUUAUCUUCUAGUCAUAGGCUCUGCUGUGCUUUGUAUCUGAAUUUCUAAAUAUAGACUUUACUGUAUACUUGCAUAUUUAUUUUCAACUUUGCUUGUCUUUAAAAUCACUUGAGGAAAAUGGUUGCAGUGAAUUUCUGCUACAAAAAAGUCACGUGGUACAUUUUAACAAGUCUGUUUCAAAUUCUAUAACUUUGUCCAGGAGAGGCUGGCUGUGAUAGCAGAGUACUGUACAAAUAAUUUUAGAGGUUCUUGUUGAAAUGAACUUGCCAUUUGAUGAUACACAGCUGUACAUUUGAGUCUUUUCCAGUUUAUUUUCGUAGACUAGCAGUUUGACCUGUUAAACAGUACUAGUUCACGUCAAGAAACUGAGGUUGCUGUACUCCUAGAGGCAUCUGUUAUUUGUGGGUAUUUGGCACAGAAAGGAUAAACUUGUACAACCCACUUGACUGAUCUAAUAAAUGUUGACAUUAUGAAUUCUGUACUUAGUGAAAUGUCAGAUGAAAAUAACUGAUUGAAUAAAUUUUUUUGUAUUAAAGGAAUGGAAAAGAACAUGCAUCUGUUAAUAAAGCACUAUGAUCUGCAAAAGAUGAAAUAUUUCAUAAAGCUAUAAGGAAAUAAAGGAAUUUUUAAGCAGGGUAGUUUUAAAUUUCUAGUUACAUAGAAGUUAAGAAAAUACUGUAGCCUUGGGCCUCCCUGGUGGCGCAAGGAGUUAAGCACCGCACUAUGAAGCAAUCUGCAGCCUCUGCAGCACGAGUUCUAUCCCCAGCUGGCCAGGGAGAAACCCACAUGGCGAAGCAGACCUCUCCUGUCUCGCCCACUGCUCCCCUCAGCAGUGUAUUUCAGUCAGCCUGCCUGUUCUGUUCCCUACUUUGUCUCUGGUGAAUCCUCUCACCCUCUGGCCUGUACCCCAGCUCUUAUAUGUAUAA